AUGUCCACCUCGUCCACCUCCGACACCCCCAUCAUCGGCACCCAUAACGGCCACUUCCACGCCGACGAAGCCCUCGCCACCUUCCUCCUCAAACUCCUCCCCGUCUACCGCCACGCCACCAUCACCCGCACCCGCGACCCCGAAGUCCUCCAAACCUGCACCAUCGUCGUCGAUGUCGGCGGUAUCCACCAUCAUCAAGCUCUGAGGUACGACCACCACCAACGCGACUUCACCGCCACCUUCCCCGGCAAGAGCACGAAACUCUCCAGCGCGGGAUUAGUGUGGAUGCACUACGGCAAAGAAAUCAUCUCCACCGUCACGAACCUCUCCAUCCAAGACGCCGAUACGGAGCUCCUCUUCCAAAAAAUCUAUGAAGACUUCAUCGAAGCCUUUGACGCAAAUGAUAACGGUAUCCCCCUCUACGACCCCUCGGCAUUGAGGAAAGCAAACAUCGAGCCCAAAUUCUCCAAUAAAGGCUUCAGUAUCGCUGGCGUAGUGAACCGCUACAACUACGCCCCCUCCGCGCGUGAAGGUGGGGAAGGAGCCACAGCAAACGGGACAACUACUAGUGGUGCCCCGAACCCAGCUAAAGCAGGUAAAAGCCAAGAUGAAGAGGAUGCGCGAUUCCUCGGCGCCAGCAGCUUCGUCGGCCAGCAAUUCGUCCUCGAACUCAACGACCGUUUCGCUUCUUGGCUCCCUGCUCGCGCGGUCGUGAAGGAGGCUUUCGCCGCGCGGAAACAGUAUGAUGACCAGGGUCGUAUUAUUGUGAUUCCGUAUAAACCCGAGGGUGUGCCGUGGUCAGAUCAUUUGUAUACGCUUGAAGAAGAGCAGGGGGCCAAGGGGGAAGUGCUGUAUGCGCUUUUCGCCGAGAGCGGGGAGAAGGAUUCGAAGUGGAGGAUUCGCGCUGUCAGUUUGGAUGCGGGGAGUUUUGAGAAUCGCAAGGGGUUGCCGGAACAGUGGAGGGGGUGGGUUUAUUGGUGGCAACCAGACGUUCGAGGGGGCGUUGCAGAUGGCGAGGAAGGCGGUGGAGAUGUGAGGGGGUUGGGCUUGAGCACGAGUGAGGUGGGUGUGGAAAAAGGAUGA